UUGUUUUAAAAAAGGAACUUUCUAAAGAAAACGAACAAAUAACAAUGGCCAGGUGUUAAUAUCUCUGGGCUAAAAUGUUUUCUUCGAGAAGACCGAACGGUAGGCUUACGCCAACAAGAAAGUUAGUAAAGAAGGGAAGCAGUUUACGGGAUCUACGUCCUCUCACAGAACGGGUUGUGUUAGAAAAAGUACUCGGAGUUACUUUGAAAGGGAACUCUGGUCUUGCAUGCAAUCCCGGUACUGGAGAAAUUGCCUUUCCAGCUGGAUGUGUUAUUGUCAUAACAAGCUCCAUUGGACAUGGUCAAAGGCACAUCAUAAAUACAUCAAGAAAAACUAUUUCAUCUUUGGCUUUUUCUCCUGAUGGAAAAUAUCUCGUUUCUGGAGAGAGUGGUCAUGAGCCUGCUGUUCGCAUGUGGGAUGUAGAAGCGUCGCAUCCUCAAGUAUCUGAAAUGCCCAAAGGCCAUAAACAUGGCAUUCAGUGUGUUGCAUUUUCUCCCAACAUGAAGUAUGUUGUGUCGGUUGGAUUUCAACACGAUAUGUUAGUUAAUAUUUGGAAUUGGAGGGAAGGAACUGCAAUUGCCUGCAACAAAGUUUCAUCAAAAGUACUUUUUAUUUCAUUUUCUGAAAAUGGAGAUUAUUUUGUCACUGUUGGAGUUAGACUUGUUAAAUUUUGGUACAUUGACUCCACAGAUUGUGCAAAUAAGGUAAAGAAGAAGAUACCUUUGCAUGGUAGACCAGCUAUCUUGGGUGAGAAUCGAAACAACCAAUUUAUCGAUGUGGCUUGUGGCCUGGGCCCUAACUCCAAACAUACAUAUAGCGUCACUAAGUCUGGCUUACUGUUUGCAUUUAAUGAAAAGCGUUCACUUAAGAAAUGGAUAGAUUUACGAGUUAAUGGUGCAUUUAGCUUGGCUGUUAAGGAAGACUUUAUAUUUUGUGGUUGUUCUGAUGGGAUAAUUAGGGUGUUUUCUAGCAGUUUACAAUUUAUUGGUUCUUUACCAAAACCGCAUUGUCUUGGUGUUGAUGUUGCUGCUGGUCAUGAUGCAAGCCAUCUCCUGACAAAGGUUGACAAUGCAAACUAUCCAGACACCAUAGCCAUAACUUUAGAUCAUUAUGGAACAAGGUUGACGUGUAUUUAUAAUGAUCAUAGUAUAUACAUCUGGGAUAUUAACGACGUGAAGAAAAUUGGAAAAAUUUCAUCCUUUCUUUAUCAUAGUUCUUGUGUCUGGGACAUUGAGGCGUUUCCAGAUAUUCCUGGGAAAGUACCUUUUGGUUCGUUCUUCACGUGUUCAUCUGACGGUACUGUUCGUGUGUGGAAUAUUGAAACUGGCAGUAAAAUGACGCCAUAUAGAAACAUCUAUAGCAAGGAGUUGCUACAAGUUCUGUAUACUGAAAAAGACCUUACAAACUUGAAGGACAUGAAAUGUCAUAAAGAAAAAGGUCACAAGGAGCCUGAGUCCAAGCUUGGAUUGAGAUGUAUAAAGUUGUCUCCUGAUGGAAGUCAGUUGGCAUCUGGGGAUAAAAUGGGGAAUAUAAGAACAUUUGAGAUACCUCUAAUGCGGGAAAUACUCAAAAUAGAAGCGCACGAGUCAGAGGUUCUUUGCAUUGAAUACUCUUCUCCAGAUGCCGAGUUUAGCCUGUUAGCGAGCGCUGGUAGAGAUCGUUUGAUACACGUGUUUGACUGUGAAGAUAAUUUCAAUCUUCUUCAAACCAUCGAUGAUCAUUCAGCAUCAAUUACGUCGAUACGAUUCAACAUGAACGAUAAAACUCUCCAGUUGAUAAGUUGUGCUGCUGAUAAAUCCGUGAUAUUCAGGUCUGCAGUUAAGGAACCAGAGUUUCAAUUCACCAGAUACACAAAUGUCGCCACCAAAACAACUUUUUAUGACAUGGAUAUUCAUCCAUUAAGGGAGUGUGCUGUGACUGCUGGUCAAGAUCGAAAUAUGAGAGUUUAUGACAUAGCUAGUGGGAAACAAUUGAGAUCAUUUAAGGCAGCGAUGGGCGACGAUGGCGUUAUAUUUAAGGUAUUGUUGGAUCGCUCUGGAUUUUAUGCAGCAACAAGCUGCUCAGAUAAAUCUCUUGCACUUUAUGAUUUCGAUGUUGGGGAAUGUGUUGCAGGAAUGAUUGGACAUUCUGAAAUCGUUACUGGUUUCCAGUUUUCUCUAGACUGCCAGCGACUAAUAACAGUGUCGGCCGACAGUUGUAUUUUUGUGUGGAGACUACCUUCGGUGUUUAGUCAGAAUAUGAUAGAAAAGUUACAAGAUACACCCAACAGAACAGCAAUAGAUGUAUUGGAUGCCAAUGAAGAGGAGUUUCAACCUGCUUCGCACGAAAUGUUUACGUCAAAUGAACCGAAUACAGUCCUGGGUGGUUAUCGCUUAAGUGUCAUUCAUAGAUUGCCCAAUUGGGCAAAGAAACAGGUGAUGGCGAAUGCUGAUGAUUUAGAAGUGUCAAUAAUUACAGAAUCUGCAAAAGAAACUUCUGUAUCAACUGCGAAAUCAAAACCUGAAGGACGUUGGGCCGAGCGUUUCAAUCCAAUGCAAUUUUUUCCAGACAAUGUCGAUGACGGUGAACAUUCUGUUGACGGUACACUUGAAUCAAAACCAUUUCAUAAUCUGGCUACUAUUCCCUUAGAAAAGCGUCUCUCGAACGGCUCCAUGAACGAUGAACCUAAUUUUUCUGGAAAUGCUGAAUUGACUUUGCAAAAAUACGAGAAAGAAAUUCACCAUGCAGCAGUGACAAAAUUUCAGUCUAAUGUCACCAUGUCACGUGGCAGUGACGUCAAUGUGACCUUUCUAAAGAGCAACGAGGAAGGUGAUUUGGUAAACACUGAAAGCGAUGAUGUUGAAGAUGGCAUCAUUUAUUAUCCCAAUGAAGAUGAAUUAGAUGGAGAUGUUUCCAGACUUGACAACAGAAAGAAAGGUAGAACUAAUACAAAUGACAAAGCUGUAAACGUUAACUCGAUUCUUAAACCCGAUAGUAAACAAGAUCUGCAACUGAAUACAUCUGUUAAAAAAAAUAUAACACCAGUUUGUAAUGCCGUAUCACUAAGAAGGCGAUCUAUAGAGGACAUACUCCAAAAUCCAUUGGAUGAGAUAAGCUUCUUUGAAAUGCGUUCUGGACAUUCCAUGGACAACCUCGUCAUACACGAAGUUGAAUUUGCUCUUUUAAAGAGAGGACGCUCGUCUGAACAAUCUUUAGACAAAUUGCCCUAUGACGUGAAGGUCUAUGAAGACUGUAGCGAUGAAAAAGGAUCGAACGAAGGAUCGAGUCCUAGAGAUGAGAUGGACGAUCCAACAGGUGAUUCAAUUUCCGAUGAUGAAGAUUUACUGACGGCGGAAAUUGCUCCAAAAUGGGAAGAAUUCUCUGAUAUGCCAUCACGUAGUCUGGAACAGGUCGAAACGCGGGAAGAAUUCUACAAUGAGAAUUUUGAAAAUCUCAACAUGACUCCGACCGAGAUAAAAGAAGAAUUGCUAUUUCAAGACGCUACAAAAGCUUUGCCUGAUCAACCGCUUCCAUUUGAUCGCAAUAACUUUCAUCGCACCAGUAUUUCUGCGAGAUUCAUACAAAGGUCCAAACUGAGUUCCUCCAGGUCGGUAAGCAAUGUCGACAAAGCCGAAGGCCUGGGGAAAAAGCCGAAGGCCUGGGGGAAAAAGACGAAGACCUGGGGAAAAAAGACGAAGGCCUGGGGAAAAAAGACGAAGGCUUGGCAAACAAGAGCAUCAACCAAGUUAAUAAACUUGAUCAAGAACUUGAAUCCACCAAGAGACGUCUUGAAGAGCUGGGUUUCAAAUCAUUGGACAACUGGACAAAACGUCACACGCCUGCGACGAAAAAUGAGAAACCAUGUAGCAGUGACCAAAAGAACACAGAGAACUCAAUCAAUAGAGAAAAAGAAGAAAAAAUUACAGAUAAUGUAACGAAACCUGUGAUCAAAAUUUCUAGUGAAAUUUCACAACAGAACAACGAGCCCACACUAUGGAGAAGGAGAUCAAAUAUGGAAGGUGAAGGGCUCUCCCUAAAUACCGGAAAAGUCCAGGGAA